AUGUUUCAGCUUUAUGCCGAGAAGGUUUCUAACAGAGGUCUUUGUGCCGUUGCACAGUGCGAAUCUCUUCGAUACAAACUCGUCGGAGGCCUGGCUGUCCGUCGUGCCUGUUACGGUGUUAUCGUUUCUGGAAAGCUUCGCGGUCAGCGUGCCAAGGCGAUGAAAUUCGUCGACGGUCUCAUGAUUCAUUCUGGACAUCCUGUUAAUGAUUACAUCCAGCAAGCCGUUCGACACGUUCAGCUCCGCCAAGGAGUCAUCGGAAUCAAGGUCAAGAUCAUGCUGCCUCACGAUCCUCGCGGCCAGAUGGGACCUAAGAACGCUCUACCCGAUCAAGUCCAGAUUCUCGAGCCUGUGCCAGAGAACAUACCCACUGAACCUAGUUCUGAGCACAAGGUUGAGAAAAAGGAUAUGGGGCUCGUUGUUCCUCCGCCGAUGCAAUCCGUCGAGGUCGCACCGGCUUAUUGA